UUGACGACCCUUUGACAAGAAACCUGUCCAACACACUCCGUGUCAGUUCGAGGCCCAGAGCAUCCCAGGAAGGGCUGCGCAUGGCCAUGUUGCGUCGUCGCGUUGCAUUGCUGGCCCUGGCAUUCAACGCAUCGCAGGCAGCCGAGAUGCACGUCACGGCAGAUGGCCGCGCCACGCAUGCAACGCAUGCAAAGGAGUCAGUCCAGACACCCUAUGGUAGCAGCUUUGGCAACCUGGGUGGCAUGGGUGGCAUGGGCGGCAUGGGUGGGGGCUAUGGCUUUGGUGGCGGCGGCAUGGGCUCGGGUGGCCCUGCGCCAGUGAGCAGCUAUCCAUCAGCCCCGGCGUCUCCUUAUGGGGCAGCAAGCUAUGGCCAGGGCAGCUAUGGACAGGGCUCCAUGGCUCCGGUGCGGGCAUCGCCAGGGGCUCCAGCAGCCCCAGGCUUGCACACGGCAUAUGCUCCCACAGAGACAGAAUUACACAUGCCGUUGAAUGCCAAUGUGGAGUUGGAAUCUGACGAUGGCAUCUUUUUCAGCUCCAAGCCACAGUCUCGCCCUGAGAACUACGACUAUGAUGACAACACCGUCCUGGGAACGGCCAAUUACAUCUACAAGGGCAGCGCCAGAAGAACUGGAGGUUGCCUGAUGAACCUGGCGCUCCUCAUGUGGCUGGCGCUCCUUUAGCGGUAGUUCCAGUCGACCAAGGAACCGCAACCUUUGUGCUUUCCACAGCCGGACCAGCGCAGCCGAGAAAAAUCCAUG